CUAUAUCUCAAUCCAUGAGGGUUGCAGCACCUUCAGAAAUACAAGAAAGAUGGCUGGUUCAGGACAUGAAAACGGCGCCGUUUCAAUACGACCGGCGGACAACCUUGCCGUUUUCGAGGUUUCCAAGAAACCCAAGAAGAGCAAGUUUGCUCUUGGUUGUGCCAUGCUUGCUUCCUUAACAUCCAUGUUACUCGGUUAUGAUAUUGGGGUGAUGAGUGGAGCUAUAAUAUUUAUAAAGAAGGAUUUGAAAAUCAGCGACGGUCAAAUUGAAAUCCUCGUCGGUAUACUCAACUUGUAUUGCCUAGUUGGUUCGAUCGUCGCUGGGACCAUAGCCGACUGGAUCGGUCGUCGGUACACCAUCCUGUUGGCCAACGUCAUUAUCUUCGUGGGAUCUCUCUUCAUGGGCUUCUCCGUCAACUAUGCUUUCCUUAUGGUCGGCCGUUUCAUCGCCGGUAUUGGCGUCGGCUUUGCCAUCAUGGGUGCUGUUCUUUAUAAUGCCGAGAUCUCCCCCGCUUCUUCCCGUGGUUUCCUCACUUCGUUCCCAGAGGUGUGUAUUAAUGUGGGGAUAUUAUUAGGCUAUGUUUCAAACUAUGCAUUUUCAAAGCUACCGACGAGGAUAGGUUGGCGGUUAAUGCUCGGCGCCGGAGCCACCCCAUCAAUUUUCUUAGUUUUCGCCGUUCUAGUCAUGCCGGAGUCACCACGUUGGUUAGUCAUGCAAGGUAAACUCGGCGAAGCCAAGGUAGUACUUGAAAAAACCCUCGACACCAAAGAAGAAGCUCAGCUCCGGCUCAACGACAUCAAAGAAGCCGCCGGAAUCCCUCAAGAUUCCACCGGCGACGUCGUCGUUGUCCAAAAACAAACCAACUCAAACGGGGUAUGGAGAGAAUUACUUUUACACCCUACACCCACCGUCAAACACAUUUUGAUUUGCACCGUCGGAAUUCAUUUCUUCCAACAAUCGUCCGGCGUUGACGCCGUCGUAGUAUACAGUCCAAGAAUUUUCGAAAAAGCCGGCAUCACAUCAUCAAACGAACAGUUACUCACAACAGUAGCCGUCGGAAUUUGUAAAACGAUCUUCAUUUUGGUAGCUACGUUUUUGCUUGACAAAAGUGGCCGCCGUGCUUUGCUCUUGAUUAGUACCGGUGGCAUGGUGGUGUCGUUAGCGACGUUAGGGUUUUCUUUAACGAUCAUCAACCAUUCUGAAGCGAAAUUAACAUGGGCUAUAGCGUUAUGUAUAACAAUGGUUUUGUCUUUCGCAGCGUUUUUCGCCAUCGGAAUGGGACCCAUCGCCGGGAUUUACACGUCGGAGAUUUUCCCUUUGAAGCUUCGUGCUCAAGGAAUUAGUUUAGGAGUGGCAGUGAAUAGGGUGACGAGUGGGAUCAUUUCCAUGACUUUCCUUUCGUUAUACCAAGCGAUUACCAUCGGCGGUGCUUUUUUCUUAUUCGCCGGCAUCGCCGCCGUUGGAUGGUUGUUUUUCAAUAUAUGUUUGCCGGAGACACGUGGAAAAACAUUGGAGGAAACUGAACGGCUUUUUGGUAAUUUGGUAGGUUGGAGGGAAGUGGAUAAGAAGAUGAAGGAAGAUAAUACUAAAGGAACCACUCAUGGCCAAGAAGGUAGUGAUGGGUAGUGGAAGGAUAAGCUUUCAUAUACAUUAGAUACCUUAAUUAUACAAAUAAAAAAAAUUUGAAUAAAAUUUUAAUUUGGAUAAA